UCUCUCUCUCUCUCUCUCUCUCUCUCUCUCUCUACUGUUGGUUUCGAUUCGGUACUGUUUGGUAUUGUUUAGAAUUUUGAGGCCAAGUGUUUGAGUAUUUGGGUAAAUCAGGUGCUAUCAUUGUCUCUGAUUAAAUGUUCAUUCCUCUUGUCGUUUUUGGUUACUCUAUUGUCUUUUAUCUUAACCCUCUAAUCAAUUGGAUACAGUUUUGCGAUAGUAAAAGAUUUUUCUUUUAGAAAAUGAAAACACAGCUCUGCUUUUGGCAGUUUCAGUGUAAUGCUCACAAGGUGUUUGACUUUAUGCCGCAGAGAAACUCAAUUGCAAUGAAACAAGAGCAAUGCUGCUAGGCAAUCAUUGGUUAUUGUUAUCAUUAUUUAUUAGAAGAAAAUGGCGCAGUGCUUGCUUUUCAAUAGGGCUGGACAAUUUGGUUUCGUUUACAGAUAUAAGAAAGGAUUUGAUUACCAGCAAAAGUGUGGUCUUGUUAAUGUGAAGUUGAAAUGGGCGAAAGAUAGGGCACUAGAUGGUGUUGUUGCUGGUGAGAGGGAUGUUAGAGCGGCUUGUAUUCUUGUUUCCAUGAUCUCUUCUACUCGUCAGUGUCGCCUUCCCAUAUACCACCUCUCUCGUCGUCGUGGACAGCUUGGUCUUCCUCAUGAUCUUAAGCUCUCUACUUUUGUUAGGAGAUACCCUUCUGUUUUUCAUGAGUCUUAUGUUUUUGAUAGUGGGGGCACUCGUGUCCCAUGUUUCGGAUUGGCUCCUGAAGCGUUGGAACUCCACGGGGAAGAGCUUAAUGUUUUUGAGGAGAAUCAGAUGGAUAUUAUCAAUAGGCUGCGUAAACUGCUCAUGCUCACCAGAGAAUGGACACUUCCUUUACAAACUAUUGACCAGCUGCAAUGGGACUUGGGGUUGCCAUAUGAUUACCAUGCUUCCUUGAUUCCAUAUCACCCCGAGUUAUUCUCUUUGGUCAACCUUCCUGACGAUCGUGUUGGGUUGAAACUCUUGUACUGGGAUGAUGAACUCGCUGUCUCUGAAUUGGAAAAGAAUGCCGCUUUACAACAGAAUGAAGAAGACAUGAAAAAUGGUUGCUUAGCCUUUCCAAUUGGAUUCACCAGAGGUUUUGGGUUGAAACGAAAAUGCAUGGAGUGGUUGAAAGAGUGGCAAAGGCUCCCUUAUACUUCGCCAUACACUGAUGCCUCCCAUUUGGAUCCCCGCACAGAUGUAUCUGAGAAGAGGAUUGUUGGAGUCUUUCAUGAGCUUCUUCACCUAACCAUACAAAAGAAAACUGAGCGCAAGAAUGUGAGCAACCUCCGUAUGCGUUUGGCCCUGCCCCAGAAGUUUACCAAAGUGUUUGAGCGCCAUCCUGGUAUUUUUUACCUCUCUAAGAAGAAUGACACUCAGACGGUUGUUUUAAGGGAAGCCUAUGACCGCCAGAAACUCUUGCAGAGACACCCCCUUGUAGAAAUCAGGGAAAGAUUUACAAGCAUGUUGAGGAAAGGUCUGCUAGAUAGGAGCAGGGGGUUGUACAAGACAAGUGAAGAUUCUGAUCUAGAACAUGAACGAUUAAAUGAUGUAUAUGUUGAUGAGAUGAGUGAUAAUCAAUGCAUAUCUGAAGAGGAGUCUUACUGUGAUUUGCUUUCUAAAUAUGAUUCAGAUGAGCCUAUACAUGACCCUCGUUGAGUUCUACCAAUACAUUUAGUGCCAAAGAAUUAAAUUCAGAUUUUGAAAAUAUGCAAAGCACCAAGUGACCGCAUAUUUUGUCCAGUUAGUGUAUAAAUUUGUCAAUGCAAUCUGUGAGCAAUUCUCUACUCCCAUGCGGCAUCUCAUUAAAGACUAUAAUUAUCAAUAAUCUUGUUAUUCCCAAUCUAAUUG